AUGGGCGUGAUGCUUCUCCAAAGUCUGUACUGCAAACGGCGUUACCCGAGGCGCCCAGUGGACGCCAAGCCUCUGCAGCCACUGGCGCCAAUGAUCUUCCUCUUGGUCGCCGACUGCAGAGGACCCGAUCAUACGCUCAAAGAGUCGCGCGAAGAGGAAGAGCUGCAUCACGGCAGUGCACUGCCGUCCCAGCAGUGGCCAACGAUGCAUGAUGCACGAUGCUGGAACAUGGUCGAUGUCUGCGAUGGGCACGCUGCAAACAAUACGUGUAUCCGUACGGGGUUAUUCACAAUCGACUGCUCCACCAAGCGGCUUCCUCGUCGGGGCUGUGCUGUCUCACGGCGAAGCUUUUCGGCAUGCUCGUUCGGCGUGCAGCCACGCAGCUCAGCUGCAGCACCGGGCAUCGGAAGCAGCUAG